AUGGAGACGCAAAUCUGUGAAGAAAUAGGAGGCCGAUCAGGUAUUCCUAGCUACACUACAUACUACGCCGCUCCGAUGCUUAUCACCACGUUGCUCCGAUGUGACCUCGAAUUGGACGCCCAAGACCAAAUGGCCCGUGCUGAUGACGUACCGGCAAAUUGGAGCCCGGGUCGGUACCGCAUUAGGAAGCUGCAAAUGAGGUGUCAAGAACUGGUGAAUUGGGACUGGAAUACAUAUAUUGCAGCGAUCACUCAACCUACACGCCGACGGCUCAUGAAGCAGUUUGCCAAGCACUUGCGCUUGCUCACAAGAUACCAGACAACCAUGGCGCGCGAUAUUGCCCUCCAGCAGAGCCGCGACGCGAACAGGCAGAUCAACCCGCGGAUCCUCGACACGUUUGGCGACUACUUGAAGUUCUCAAGCUCCAGAUCUACAGCCGACGCGGCGCAGGUAAUCGCCAACAGUGUCGUCGAGAAGGGGGAGGAUGCAGCUGAGGGAGCAUUGUGGUCUGCCUGGGCCGACCUGAUUAGCAUUGCGGAGCAGGUACCCCACGACCACCCCGCCCAAGAUAAGCUCGUGAGGGUCGUUCGGGAACUGGCUCUCUUGCCCGACGCCGGCAUCAAAGUAUGGGAUUCACGUUUAUGGGCGGAUCUCCCCGUCCUGAGUGCGCAAGUGAGGGAAUGGCUCAACGGACCCAAGACCCCAGAAAACGAUGAAGAAAAGGCGGAGAUAACCAGAAAGUGGGUCAACUCCAACGCCUUCUUCGCCAGACUAAAUGCUGCCGGUGUUCUUCGAUCCGAAGACCACUCCAUCUGGAUGCUGCGGGCCGCUCUGGAGGAAGACAUCACCACGACCCCGCUGCUCGUCGACUGCCGUAUCAUGACGGCUGCUCAAAUCAUCGAGCACAAUGGGCCCCUGUUAUACCAACAACUCCAGGCGGGUAGAAAACUGGACGAGACAGAGGAGCGGAUGUUCAAAGGCGGCUCGCUAUUCGACGGCGAUUCGGGCCUGAAUGCGAAACGGUGGGAGUUCUGGAUUUCUCGGUUCAGGGACUUGGCAGGGAAGACAGCGACAGAAGACGUGAGGGCAGCAUCUCUUCGUGCAGCCAGGCUAAUGGAGAUAUGGCAUGGCCACCCAGCUGAACUGGCGAUCAAAGUCGAAUUACCCCGCGCUCAGCCUCGCAUCAUAUGGCGAGCUGAACGCCAUAGUCUUCUGAUGAGGGUACAGCAGCAGAUCUCACCAAGCAUGGCUGCUACCUCUAGGAGACCUGGACAGCGGCAUGGCUUGUUUGUGUUACAUAUCCCAUCAGGCUCCCCCAACGUCUGCAAGGUCGAUAUAGUUGCUCUUCAUGGGCUGAAUGGCGAUGCAUUCAACACCUGGUCUGAGAAAGAUGGUCACUUGUGGCUGCGUGACUCACUGCCAGCUCAUGUCCCCGAGGCGCGAAUAUUCACUUAUGGCUACGAUUCGGCUGUCUUCUUUAGCAGUUCGACCAUGACCCUUGACGGGUUUUCCCGGGACUUGCUGUCGAGUCUUGAUCAUGAGCGGCGCCGUGACGACAGCAGACAAAGGCCCCUUAUCUUUAUCUGCCAUAGUCUUGGAGGCUUGCUUUUCAAACAGAUGCUGAUCUCGGGAACUCUGGCUGGCGAAGAAUACAAGGACUUGAUUAAUAGUACCCAAGGUGCCAUUUUUAUGGGAACACCGCACCGCGGGUCCAUCUCAGCAAGUUAUGCCAGCAUAUUUUCCAGACUAGCGAACGUGGCGACAUUUGGCAGCGGUGUCAGGUCAGAUUUGCUGGCAGCUCUAAAGACAUCAUCACCGAUUCUGGAACAAAUCACGCAGCAGUCGAAGAAUUUGCUCAAGUCUCUGUCGAUUAUUUCGCUCUACGAACAGAAGCCACUCGGGCCUUCGCUGAUUGUCGAACCGUUCUCCGCCAUCCUCGGUCUCCCGAAUGAGCGGACUAUCCCGAUCAAUGAAGAUCACCGGCAGAUUGCCAGGGUUUCGCCUCGGAACGAGCAUCAUUUCAAUGUUGUAAAGAAUGCGGUCGUCGACCUCGUGGAGGAGUGCAUUUUAGGGGACGACGAAGCCAAGUGCAAGCCUUUACUCGAUGCUUUGUACUGCUAUGACUACAGAUCAUCUCAGCUCCGACCCCGACAGCCACACACGGGAACCUGCGGGUGGCUUUUUCGCCACGAAGCAUUUCGGAAAUGGUCCAGAUCAGAUCAAACAUCAAUGCUGCUCCUGUCGGGCCCUCCCGGCGCGGGCAAAAGUGUCCUAGCUAGGUAUGCUGUGGAGGAGAUCCAAUCAGGCUCUCGGGAUACCGGUCUAGUCGACGAUUUCAAAGUUGCAAGCUUUUUCUGUUCUCAUGACCCGGAUGGUUCCACAACAGAUGAGACAGUUCUUCGAUCCAUCCUCCACCAGCUUCUGCAGCUUCUUCCUCAAGGGCAAAGUCUUGUGCGGAACCGGCUGGAGAAACGGGUGAAUUACAUGGUAACGAUUUCAACGACAACAGAUAAGUUGUGGCCAGCAAUUGUAGACCUUCUAGGUAUGGAGAAAAUGAAUCGAUGUGUUAUUGCGUUAGAUGCCAUCGAUGAACUCGCAACAGACUACGCUAUUUCGCUCCUUUCUGGAUUCUGGAACGUCGUGGCAGAACUCAAGACGCAACAUCCUGGCCACCAGGUAAAAGUAUUAUGCUCGAGUCGAUAUAAUUUUGCGCAUUUGCCAGAAAUGGAGUCCGUUUUGGUGGUCCAUAUGUCACCUUCAUUAAACCGGCCGGGGGUGGAAAGCUAUAUCAAAUUCUGCAUCGAGGAUUUCGAAAAGAAGAAUAGGAGCUUCGCUGACUCUGUCGGACAUCAUGACAAACAGCAGAUACUGAAGAAGAUAACAGGCCGUGCAUCUGGCAUGUUUCUGUGGGCGGUUGUGGCCUGGGAGUCGUUCAAAAAGGGUAUCCUUUGGAACAAUGAACAGGUCCGGAAGAAACUGAAGCAACUGGAUUCAAACCCUGCUGGAAUCGACGAUCUUUUCGAAGAGAUGAUAAACAGGGUCCCAAAGGAUGUACGACAACACAUGUGGGCUAUAUUCACAAUUAUCGCCAUUGCAAGACGACCACUCAAAGAAAUGGAACUCACCAUUCUUCUGACCCUUUUCUUAUCUGACGAAUCUCCCUCGUCAUCCACAGAUAUCGAUCUGUUGAGAAACGUUGCUGAGUCCAUCAGUCAGCAUUUCCCGGAGUUCGUGGUCAUCCAGAGCGACGGGACUUUCACAUUUGUUCACCUCUCGUUUAAUGAGUAUUUGUAUGCAUCUUGGUCGAGGAAACACCCAGGCUGGCUUGAUAAAGCACACUAUCAAAUGGCACAAGCCUGUCUCGAUUACCUCGGAUUGGAGGAUUUGGUUCAGGCUUCAAAGGUAACUCCAACGGAAGAUAUUGUUUUCGACCACCCCCUCCUCGAAUACUCGGCCAACUUCUACUUGAAUCAUUUGCAAAGAGUCAAUCAUCGGGAUGAUAUCUGGCUCAAAUACGCCGCAAUGGGAUCGUCGCAAAGUGUAUUCGCGGUGACAAAGUUCACAGGCAGUUCCCUGUUAGGUGUGCCUUAUAUCAGUCCCCUCAACGUGGUAGCGCUCCUCAUUGGCUCUCAGGAACUAGUGAGGAGGUUCCACGAGAACGGGUACGAUAUCGAUGACAAAUGGAAUGCCAGAUCAGGCGAGUGGAGAGCCGUUCAAGGUUGCUCAUUCCGUCUCCACGAGAAGAAAAUGAAAGAGAUGAUGCUGCUGUUGCUGGAACUUGGCGCCAACCCGAACGACCCCCAUGAGUCAGUAUCGGAAACCAUCUUGCAGAGCACGAUUCGCUCGGGAGAAUGGGAUAUCUUCCAAAUCAUCAUGGACAACCCGAAGACGGACCUCGACCGACAAAACAGAAGGGGCCAAGCGGCGUUGCACUCGCUGAUACCGCAUGGCACGGAUGAAGUCUUGGAAAAGUUUCUUGAGAAUGGAGUGUUCGAUGUGAAUGCACAAGAUGCUGUGGGUUAUACCGCACUUCAUCUGGCCACAUAUAUGCGUAAACUUAGCCGGAUGAAGAAGCUCCUCCAGGUACCAGGAAUCCGUAUCGACAUCAUUGACAAGCAAGGCCGCACUCCUUUGGCGUUGGCAACGUACUGGGGCCAUGCCGAUGCUGCUCGGGUGUUGAUUGGAGCUUCUGCUGCGUCCCCGCUGCCAGAACCAGGGCAACUAAGUCCCCUGAUCUGCGCAUUCAUCCAGGAUAAUCAAGGCCUAGCUGAUAUGCUCUUGAAUCACUGUGGUUUCACCGGACUAAUAAAGCAUAUUGACCUUUCAGGGAAAGGAGUGCUGCAUCACGCUGCCUUAAACAACUGGCCCAACGUCAUCAACACAUGCAUACUCAAUUGUAACGACGGUAGCAUCCUGGACCAGAUUGACCACUCCGGAAGUACUGCGCUCCACUAUGCAGCUGCCAAAGGCAAUACUGUAUGUUGCAGGGUCCUGAAGUCUCAUGGUGCCAGCUCCAUCGUGCAGGAUCGAAACGGCCGCACGGCGGCUCAAGCUGCCCUGGACAUGGGUUUCAAGGAUACGAUCGCGGCUUUGCUCGACUACUCGGAUGUCGACGUGAACCAAAGGGACCACCAAGGCAGGAACCUUGUCCAUUGGGCGGCUUCGUUGGAUUGCUUAGAUAUCAUGCAGAGGGUCGUGGGGUUUCCGGGGGCGGAUCUGUACCGAAGAGACAACAUGAGUCUAAUGCCAGUCGACAUAGCGUUUCGGUGUUCGAGCGCCAGGGUUGGGCGCUUUCUGUCAGAAGAGAUGCGCAGGCGGUUCCCCAGCGUCCCCUUCACGUACUAUCCUUGGGAUUUGCUCUAUCAAAGCCCCGUCGUCACCGAUGUUGAGGACUACUGGAAGAUCGAAGACAGAGACAAGGACCUCCUCGACAGGGAGGCACGAAGGAGGCAGAUUACGGCCCAGGAACAAGCACUCAUAUAUCAACAGUAUCCUCCAGAUUUGUGGGCACUAACAGAGCAGGCCCCACCCGAGUCUAGGAUACAGGCACCUCUGGUAACUCCCGCGCGAGGAGGCGUGGAGCUUGCAUAG